AUAAAAAUUAACAAUUAAUUAUAUGCUUUAUUAAGAAAUUUCGGUUUCUAAAUUUGUUGUCUUUUCCUUGUGCUUUUUGACGUAAUUCUUGUAAAAAUGGUGAGAUAUCUCGACUACAAGAGGUUGACGGAACCUUUCCCCGUCAAAAAGUUCCUCAACCCCAAGAGGAGGCUUCGUAUGACAGAUUCUAGGGAUCCGGCGGAGAUAGCCAGGAUGGAGCAGAUAGAGCUGAGCAGAGUCAGACGUAGGUACAGAAUUGUCAAGACGUAUUCUCGUCCAUAUUGGCAGCUGUACAAUUCCCAGAUAAAAACCGACAAGCAUAAUUUUAUGAUAAAGGUCAAAGAUCACGACAACAUCUGCUUGGCUGGUAUGCGUAUAGGCUCCAGUACAUAUAAAAAGAUCGACAGCAAGGCGGCCAAUUUCAUCAAAACCUUAGUCGACGAGAGGCUGCGUUUGAAAGAGGAGGUGAAAAACACCAGAGACGGUCUGAAAGAACGAAAAAGACAAGUGUGCUACGCGAACAAGGCGAUAAUACUGAGGAACAGAAAGCCUAAUGGAGGACCACAUCGCUAUAUGACGAGUGAGUACGUAGAAUCGACGAUUCCGAGGUACGAAAACAAGCUUUGGGUCGUUACUACGCUCAAGGAUAAAGCGAUCGCGGCUGCUGGAGAAAGCAGAAAAAUCGUCGCUUCCAUGCUGAGUGAGAGAGUGAUAACGAGAGAACAACUGGAAAAAUGUCUUUACCAUUUGCAGCGAGGAAAGAGGUACAUGAUCGAUUUGAUCGAACAGGCUUUGAUCGCUUUCAGCCAAAGGGAGGAAGCGUUGCAGACUCUUUUUGCCGUUAAAGAACGCCGAACCGCAGAAAUGGACAAGGCCAGGACUUUAAUGGGCGACCUGAGCAGAUUGUACUAUCGAUUCGAGAACAGAGCCAAACUUUUUACCGUUAAAAACCAGAGGAGGGUAAUUCAAGAAGAAGUUAACGAUAAAUCCGGCGCCAACGACGAGUGCGAAGAUACCGACGAUGAAAACGAGAUGAAAGGUUACUUGAGGUACACCCAGCCGCACAUCAUGGAAGUAGUCGUGUUUUUCCAAGGCUCAGAUAAUUUCGACAUGAUAUCGAAGUACAUCCAAGAGUGCUUGAGCGACAAUCAGAACUUCUUGAAACUUCUAAUCCACUACGCCCACGAAAGCGAACAAAACUUUUACCUCGCUAAACUAGUUUCUUACACCGUGGCGGACUCUCUGGAAAUGAACAAGAACCAUCGGAUUCAACGGGAAUUGGACUUGGUCACGUUGGAGAUCGAGGCGAAAAAGCUCGAAUACGAGUUCCUUUUUUGUAAAAAGAAACUCGACUACAUCCUGGCCUAUCACAAGUUCAUUUACGACGCGGUGCAGAAGAUGGUGGAGAGUACGCCGCUGAAGAAAUUGUUCGUGAACCCGGCCGAUUGGCGGACUGUCGACCUCGUGGGCGAGUGUUUGUACAGGAUACAAGAAAUGAUCUCCGACGGCCUCAUCAAAUACAAAUACAACCAUCCGGAGCUCUUCCCAAAGGUGUUCAUCACGGACAAAAAGGGAAAACGGAAAUACCUAUUACCCAAAGACAAAAGAGAGAGGCUGCGGCACAUACGGAUCGUCAACCAAGAACGGCGUCUGCUGAAGAAACUGAAGAAACCCUUGACUCCCUGCGCUUUCUGCAUCGAGGAGGACAGGUUCGCAGACUUCAGGCAGUCCGAGGACAAAGUAAGAAGCCGGUUGGAAAUAUUUAUGAAGCUCCAAUCCGAAUGGGACGCGCCUUUUAUGAUCGAAAGGCUCCAUUCCCUCACUGGCUGCACAUCCCCCAAGCACAAAGAGAUAUUCACCAAAGACAUUCUGGAGUCGUAAUCGUUGUAGCUAAAAGAUUUAUUAAAGAAAUCAAAAAACUUGUUCAAUCUAAAUAAAUGUUUUGAACAUCUUCUAAAGCU